AUGGGUGGUGUGGCUUGGGGGCCCCAGGAGGAGGACGCAGCACACUGCUUCUACCAUUUCGGUGUCCGCAGCGUGUGGUUACCUCCCGAUGCUCAGGUUUCAGGUCUAGCCAGCGGCCAGUCAUCCACAGAGCCCAUCUGCCGACAGCCAGAGCAAGCCCUAGCUGCCGUAACGCAGGCAUCCCCAGUACGCCGUCACGCCGGAGCGUGCGGUUUCGUGGAGGUCGACCGCCACUAUGAACCCCCCGCUGCCGAGGCCGGAGCCUGCAAAGCUGUACAGAGGGACACGCAGUGGAAGUCUGCAAGAUCAG